AUGAUUAAGGAUGUAAAGCCACAUGAUGGCGGAAUGUACACGUGCGUAGCAAGCAACAUUCUUGGAUUAGUGAAAACAUCGGCCACGUUAACUGUCCAAGGUAACAUGCUCCUCCUUUGUUACAGUUGUUACUUAUUAAAACGCACAUUCAUGGAUUUAGAAGCUAUUAAUGAGAAACCAAACCUUUUGGGGGUUGAAAUUCCAUUACAUGAUAUACUUUCACCUUAAAAUUGGGCGUAUAUAGUCAACAAUGUCUCAGUGUGAAUUCCCCAUGAACAAUUAUUAAUCCCACUGUCCACAGGCUACUAAUGAUGAUGAUGAUCAUGAUGUUGAUGAUGAUGAGUCUCGUCAAAAAUGCCCCUGUUUUUAGCGAAUAGAGCGAUAAUUGGGCUAUAAAUACAACUGUGUGCUAUAUACCUAAUUAUAUGAAGAGGAUUCUACACAAGACGAUUUGCAAAGAUGAUUUUUAAGGCAACAAUGUUCGAGCAAGGACACCGAAACAGUUAUCGGUAGAUUCUAGGUUCUAGUCUAAUCAAUGGAACGCGGACACGUUUUGCCAGAAGCAAACCCUCUGUUUUUACUUUUAUUUUUUUAUUUUCUUGGCUUAUCAAUUAAAAUUUCUUCAUUACUUUACAGUUGCUGCCUUAAUCAAUCAAAAACCCUCGUCUAUUGUUGCUGAAGUAGGGGAAAACGUAAGGUUGCAGUGCAAAGCUACAGGUCUUCCAAUACCAACGAUAACGUGGCAUAGAUCGUUUGGUUCGUUGCCAAAAGGGAAGACUGCAGUGGCCGAUGGGAACUUGACAAUUGGUAACAUAGCUAAAGCUGAUAGCGGGGAUUACGCAUGUUAAGCAAAGAAUUUUCUCGGACAGGACUUCGCUGUUGCUCAAGUGACGGUCUUUGAAAGGCUCGCAUUUAUACUAACUCCUCCCCUGAAAGUCACUGUAUUACAGUCAAGCAACUUGCAGUUAAACUGUUCAGCCCAAGGAAACACAGAGAUCACAUGGAAGAGAACUGGUAACGUUUUAGCUCGUAAUCACGUUGUUUGGCCCAAUGGAAAUUUGCUCCUCAGGAACGUGGUUACAAACGAUGCGGGAACAUAUACUUGCGUGGCCAAGAACGCACUGCGUUCUGUUGAGGCAACUUCUGUUGUUGAAGUGAUAAUUGAAGUCCUGUAGCAGUAUAAAAUCAGGAAGCUCUUCAGGUAGUUAUAUUAUUGACCCUGAUGGCAAAGUAGGCGUGGCUCCGUUCAGUGUGUAUUGUGACAUGAGUGACAAGGGAGGAGUUGGCGUGACAAUCAUAAGUCACGACAGCGAGAAGAGAACCCACGUGAACAGCGCCAGUCCUGGAUGUGGUGGUGCAGGAUGUUACAGUAAAGAUGUGACUUACACUGGAGAUAGCACUGCUCAGUUGGCAGCACUUACUCGAGUUUCACAGAACUGUGAACAGUUUAUCAAGUUCGAAUGUAACAACGACGUAGCUUUUAUUGAGAAUCACCAUGCCUGGUGGGUGUCCCAUGACGGAACACGUAUGAACUACCGGGGUGGAGCUACAGGCCAUACCAACAUGUGCGGAUGCGGAGUAGCAAACUCUUGCAGGGGAGGUAAGAAGUGUAACUGUGAUUAUCAAACCACAACAAUUGGCUGGAGAGAGGACAGCGGUCUACUGACAGACAAGACUUCUCUACCUGUGACACAAAUCAGACUGGGAGAUUUGGACCAGUCACAUGAGGAAGGUUAUCACACAUUAGGCAAACUCAAAUGUUACGAACUGACAUAG